AGGUGAGUGAGUCUCCUCCUCUGCUCUGGUCUUUAUAAGGAGGAACCAGAGCAGAAGGAGGUCAGAUCUCUGAUCACCUGUACAGCUUCCUGAGUCAUGGCCUCCAGCCUUCCUCUCAUCGUCCUGCUGCUCUGCUGUGUGAGCCUGGCUCACUCAUACCUGAGCGUCAGCAACAUCAGGGCCCAAAAUCUGCGGCCUGACAAGUACAGCAAACCGGACGGCUACGUGAAAGUCUACUAUGGAUCCAGGAUUAUGGGUCAAACGUCUUUGGUGAAGAGCAAUCGAAAUCCUUCCUGGUCACAGAGGUUUAAUUACUACAGUGCCAUGGUGGGUGGCAGCCUGACGGUCAGAGUUUACGACAAGGACGUUGUCUUCGAUGAUUUUCUGGGAAGUUGCACAACUAAGAUCGAGAGGGGAACCUACAGCGCCCGGUGCAAUCUGAGCAAAGGAGGAACCUUGUAUUUCACCUACAGCUUCAGUUGAGCGGAGUGUUGCUGUCCUGCUUCAUUGUGUGGCAGAAAUAAGUUUUACAUCACUGCAUAUGUUUAGGAAACAUGAAUGAUUGUAUCAAGUUUCAGAUCAAUUAUGAAAACUAAAAGGAUCAAAAUAUUCAAAUGUCUGAGCUGAAAGUAAGAAAUAAACGUAUUAAACCAAAA